UCCUGUUAAAUGAGCAAAGCAAAUGAGAAGCAUCCGACACCACAUGAGCAGAAUUUUCCUCCAAUAUAAGAUUCAGUGAAAUAAUCUAGCCACGUAUAAAAAGUACAGGAAGACUACGGUGGAGAGAAAUAAUUAGUAAACGCGCGUCAACCGUGCCUGAAAAUGGCGUUGUCUUGUGCGAUUUCUAAUGAAGUACCAGAACAUCCCGUGAUAUCUCUUGCUUCUGGAUCAAUAUUUGAAAGGCGUCUUAUCGAGAAAUAUGUUGCUGAAAAUGGAGUGGAUCCUACCAAUGGCAAAGAACUCACUGUUGAACAGCUAAUUGAUGUAAAAGCAACUCCUAUCGUCAAACCCAAACCACCGAGUGCUACAUCCAUUCCUGCAAUAUUAAAAAUCCUACAAGAUGAAUGGGAUGCUGUUAUGUUACAUUCAUUUACAUUACGACAGCAACUCCAGACUGCAAGACAGGAGCUCUCCCAUGCCUUGUAUCAGCAUGAUGCAGCCUGCCGUGUGAUAGCAAGAUUGACUAAGGAAGUUACUGCUGCCAGGGAAGCCUUGGCUACUCUGAAACCUCAAGCUGGAAUCGUUCAGGCCACUACAAUUCCACAGCCUGCUGUAGCAGUGGAGGCUGGUGGCACAGCUGCUCAACCAAUGGAGCAGGCUGGCAUUACUGAUGAUGUUAUUCAGAAGCUUCAAGAACGAGCGACUGUUCUUACCCAGGAACGAAAACGACGUGGACGCUCGGUGCCGGAGGAUCUAAUGCCACAAGAUAAUAUUCGGGCGUUCCAAACACUUGCAUCUCAUCCUGGACUUCACUCAGCCAGUGUACCUGGAAUUCUCGCACUCGAUAUUCACGGUGCUGAUACCAGUAAGAUUUUAACAGGUGGUGCCGACAAAAAUGCUACCGUGUUCAAUAAGGAUACUGAGCAAGUUGUGGCUAUUCUCAAGGGUCAUACGAAGAAGGUCACACGGGUCAUUUACCAUCCGGAAGAAGACAUAGUGAUGACAGCGUCUCCUGAUACCACGAUUCGCGUGUGGAACGUCGGUACCAGUCAGACCACAUUGUUAUUAAAAGCUCAUGAUGCCCCAGUAACUGGACUAUCUUUGCAUCCAACUGGUGAUUAUCUGCUUAGUUCGUCUUUAGAUCAGCAUUGGGCCUUCUCGGACAUACGCACUGGUAGAUUAUUGACUAAAGUGGCGGGACAAGCCGGACAGCCGUUGACCACUGCUCAAUUUCAUCCUGACGGUUUGAUCUUCGGCACUGGCACGGCAGAUUCUCAGGUGAAAAUCUGGGAUCUCAAGGAACAGUCUAACGUGGCGAACUUCCCGGGCCACACUGGUCCAAUCACGGCCAUCAGUUUCUCCGAGAACGGAUAUUAUUUGGCGACAGCCGCGGAGGAUUCAUGCGUAAAGCUCUGGGAUUUGCGCAAGCUGAAGAACUUCAAAACAUUGCAACUAGAGGAAUCUUACGAAGUGAAGGAUAUUUGUUUCGAUCAAAGUGGAACGUAUUUGGCUGUGGCUGGAACGGAUGUGAGGGUGUACCUCUGCAAGCAAUGGCAAGAAUUAAAGGUGCUAAAUGAUCACACAGCAGCGGCCACCGGCGUUCGUUUUGGCAAACAUGCGCAAUAUAUCGCCUCUACUAGUAUGGACCGGACGCUGAAACUAUACGGAUUGUCGUAAAUUCAUAGGAGGACGUACAGAUUUUGUUAUUUAAUACCGAAUUAUAAAUUACUACGUAUAAAUGUGUCUAAUGAACUUGUUUGAUCUUCAUUUGAUUUCUUACAUAUGCUCGUUCCAAGAAUUCGUCGAGAAUUCAAAUAUUUAAAAAAAUGAUGAUUCUGAUGCAAAUUCUCGAAUAUUACUAUAAUAUAUUAUUCAAAAGGGUUCCUCGGAUUAGCCGACGUAAAAUUCAAUAUGUUGCACUGCCGCGUCUUUUUAUGAAAUCAUGCAGUUGCUCGAGUGCAGUUGUGUAUAAAAUGACUUGUGUUUUCGCAGGAUUUACGAAUACACAAUGUAAUAAAACUGAAUGAAAUAAAAAUAUAAGAAUCCCUUUAUAAUAAAACAAUGAAAUUAUAUAU